CUGCUUGGGACUGAACUCUCGCUGAAUACAUGGUGCAACAUUAGGACCCAGCAGAGGCGACCAUGAUUUGGGCAGUAGGUAAAGCUCUGACAUUCCUUUCAUUCCAGUGUGAAUGGGGCUGAUUGUUGUGUCCUGGAUCUGAGUUUUUCCUCUGCAUCUCGAUCCGUUUUCUACACAUCAUGUCAAGCAGCACGUUUGCAUGGUAGCCGCUUUAUGCUGGUUUUUUUGGUGGAGACAAAACUAGCCAUGGUAGCCUCAUGUGGAUUGCAAAGUUUCUGCCGGGAACUUCUGAGCAAGAAGUGAAAGUUGAGGACCCUCUUUGCAACUUCCACUUUCCAAACCUCCUUGGGAUCUCAGAGGUGGAAAUGAGAGGUUCAGAGGAUGUUGCAGCUGGAACAGUAUUACAGCGAUUGAUCCAGGAGCAGCUGAGGUAUGGCAAUCCAAAUGAGAACAUGAAUCUGCUGGCAAUUCAGCACCAGGCCACAGGGAGCGCAGGACCAUCCAACAGCACUACAAGCACACUUUCUUCCACAGAAAACCUCACACAAGAAGACCCACAAAUGCUCCAGCAGUCAGCACGCCAGGAACCUCAGGGGCAAGAACAUCAGGUGGACAAUACUGUGAUGGAGAAACAGUCCAGGGCCACACAGCCUCAUCAGAACAAUGAAGAACUACCAACUUAUGAGGAGGCGAAGGCCCAGUCCCAGUUUUUUAGGGGCCAGCAGCCAGGUGCUGUUGGCCCAAGUUUUUACAUUGCUGGAGUGUCCAGUCAGAAAUCGAGAACGGAAGGGAGACCAACUGUGAAUCGGGCCAACAGUGGGCAGGCUCAUAAAGAUGAAGCACUUAAAGAACUUAAGCAGGGUCAUGUCCGAUCUCUAAGUGAGAGGAUAAUGCAGCUGUCCUUGGAGAGAAAUGGUGCUAAGCAACACCCUCCUACCUCAGGGAGUAACAAAGGCUUCAAAACUGGAGGACCCCCACCCACUCAGCCUUCUGGCAAAGGAAUGGAUCCCAGAGGUCCCCCGCCUGAGUACCCCUUCAAAGCCAAGCAGGUGGUGUCACCAGUCAGCAAGACUCAGGAACACGGGUUGUUUUAUAAUGACCAGCACUCGGGGAUGAUGCAGAUGCUCAAACCCUCCUACCCUGCUCCGCUGCCAGCAAGAACGGAAGGAGCAGUUGUCAGAUACCAGCCUCCCCCAGAAUAUGGUGUGACAAGCCGACAAUGUCAACCUGCUUUUCCAUCGGUGCCGGUGCAGCAGCACAGUCCAAUGUCCUCCCAGGCCUCCUCCAUUACUGGCCCACUGCAUUCAGCAACCUUGCCACCGCUCCCAUCAGCUGUAACUGCCCAGCCUCCAUCUGCGACUCCACCAAGCCAGCAGCUCACACCUGAUGCAUAUGCCAUUGUGGAGCGAGCGCAGCAAAUGGUGGAGAUGCUUUCGGAGGAGAAUCAUGUUCUGCGGCAGGAGCUGGAGGGAUACUAUGAGAAGGCAGACAAACUUCAGAAGUUUGAAAUAGAAAUUCAGAGGAUUUCAGAAGCCUAUGAGGGCCUGGUCAAGACCACCACUAAGAGGGAGUCUCUGGACAAGGCUAUGAGAAACAAGCUUGAAGGAGAAAUUAGGAGACUUCAUGAUUUCAACAGGGAUCUCCGUGACCGACUGGAGACUGCCAAUAGGCAGCUAGCCAGCAGAGAAUUUGAUGGGCAUGAAGAUAAGGCAACAGAGGGCUUUUAUGCUUCUCAGAACAAAGAGCACUUGAAGGAGAGGGAGAAGCUGGAAAUGGAAUUGGCAGCUGUGCGCUCUGCCAGUGAGGAUCAGCGGAGACACAUCGAAAUCCUGGACCAGGCACUGAACAAUGCUCAAGCCAAGGUCAUCAAACUGGAAGAGGAGUUGCGUAAGAAGCAGGCCUAUGUCGAGAAAGUGGAGAAGCUGCAGCAGGCUCUGACCCAGCUCCAGGCAGCAUGUGAGAAACGGGAGCAGAUGGAACGGCGAUUGCGCACGCGGCUGGAGCGGGAGCUGGAUUCGCUGAGAAUGCAGCAGAGACAGGGGAAUUACCAGGCCGAAAGCCUGCCAGAACACAAUGCCCCAGCACUGAUGGAGCUAGUGCGGGAAAAGGAGGAGAGGAUUCUGGCUCUAGAAGCUGACAUGACCAAGUGGGAGCAGAAGUAUCUAGAGGAGAGCACAAUCAGGCACUUUGCCAUGAAUGCAGCAGCCACAGCUGCAACAGAAAGGGACACCUCAGUCAUUAACCACUCUCGGAAUGGCAGCUACAACGAGAACUCCCUGGAGGUUCGAAUAUGGCAGGAAGAGGAGGAGAUUGUUCAAGCCAACCGGAGGUGUCAGGACAUGGAAUACACGAUAAAGAAUCUGCAUGCGAAAAUAAUUGAGAAAGAUGCCAUGAUCAAGGUCCUUCAGCAGCGUUUGCGGAAGGAUGCUGGGAAAACAGACAACACAAGUUUACGGCCUGCUCGAUCGGUCCCAUCCAUCGCUGCAGCAAUGGGUGCGCAUUCCCGCCAGACCUCUCUCACCGGCAAUCAGAUAGCUGAGGAAAAGAAGGAGGAGAAGACCUGGAAAGGAAGCAUAGGGUUGCUAUUAGGGAAGGAUCAUCACGACCAUUCCUCAAUCCCUGCACUGCCUCCCCUACCUCCCUCUUUGUCCUGUGCAGCCUCCUCCUUGCCAGUCAGCGCCUUCCAUGCUAAAACAGGCAGCAAAGACAGCAGCACUCAGACUGACAAAAGCUCUGAGCUUUUCUGGCCAAACACUGCCUCUUUCCCAGGCAGGGGAAGGCUAAGCACCACUCCUUCGAACAGCCCUUCCCUGAGACACACAGGAGCCAAAGGCGCUAGAGAUAAACUGGAGAACUCCCCCAGCCACGGGAAGCUGUCGGAUAGCAAAGGCCGAGUAAGCAGUUUGGUCCACAAGCCUGAAUUUCCUGAUGCCGAUAUGAUGGAAGUCCUCAUCUGAGGAAAGAGUGACCUUCCUCAGGAUUUUGUGCAGAUACAGUCAAGUCCAGGGAGGCCAAUGUUGUGCAAAUCUUAAAAACUAAAUAUACGAGUUUGAAGAAAGUCUGAGCAAGACUGAGUCUGGAAGGAGCCUAGAGGCUGAGAUGAAUAAGACUUUGAAUUACAGAGGGAAAAGAAAGAGAUGUAAGCAUGAAAUGAAGGAUGCUGAAGGUGCACGUGAAUGGCCGGAAUAUUCUGACAACAGAAGGUGAUAAAGAAACAUGGAUUCACAAAGAGAUAGUAAAGGAAAUAGGAACUGCAUUUUCUAUUGUAGCGAAAAGGUAUCUUUUUACCAUUUGCAACAGUGUUCUAUAAUGCUGUUCUGUGUUACUCUCUAGCUACAACCAAGACAGAGACUGAAAUCCUGGCUCUGUUGAAGUCAGCGGGAGUUUGUGAAUUGCCCAGGAGACAUUUAAACUUUUCUCAAAUGAAGUCAUUAUUCAUAAUUGUUCACCAGAUUAUUUUAGCGAAAAAUUCUUGGUCAGUAGAUUGUGCACAAAGCAGUUUGUUUUAAGUAUUUGUUUCAAGCCAGGUUGGUUUGUUUUGAUUGGAUAUAUAGGUCUUUCCUGAUUGGAUGAGUGCUGCUCUUGGGAUCAGGUUUCCAAAGCAUACACUCAUGUUUUGCAAAUUCUAAAUUUGCUCAAAAUUCACUGUUGCCAUGAGCAUUUCUUUGCUAGAAUUUACAUAGAAGAUGCAUGUAAAAGGGGCAUAAACCCUGUCAAAGCAAUUUCUUUUACAAUUUUGGUGACUAUUCAGGGAGAAAUGUUGAGCGUAUUCCCUCAGCUCUAAUGCGUAAAACACACACACACAAAGCUGUGUAAGCAGCAAAUUGUACGUACAUUCGAGUGCUAAAAGUUUUUACUCGUGAGGGCUUGGAGACAAUAGGCAUUCAGGAUGCUCAGCACCUCACAGGGAACAACAUGGUGCCACUGUAGAUGUAUUCUCUGGCUUAUUAAAAUACUUAAUAGUAUUAAUCAAAAUACUUAGUAUAGUAUUUUGCAGUAUCUGUUGAAACUGCUUCAGCAUUGUCAGUGGAGCAAAUUCUACCCUCCAGUUGUAACUGAGGGUGAAUUUGAGCAUGUACUGGCAGGCAGAGUUUCAGGCCAGGGUUACUACAGUGUUUGGGGACAAUUACUGUAGAAGUUUGAGAGGAAUGUGGAGAUCAUUGACUGAUUUCAGCCGAAUUCAUCCAGAUUUACUACUUGCAAUUGAGAUCAGAAUCAAGCCCUUGGAUGUAUAUUAAAUAAUAACAAUAAAUUAGUCAAUACAUUUAGUAUGAGAAAUAAUAAACCUCCUCGCUUAAAAAUGGAUUUCCACUGCACGUGGCACUGCAGUUCAUUCACCCAAUUGCAUAGCAUGGAUCAGUUUGUUGGUAAGAUUUCUACAGCACUUCAUAGCUGCCUGUCUGGGAUGUUUACAUUCAUUUUAAAAGACAGCCUGGUUGUGUAAAUGAGAAAGGAUGUUUCUGAACAUGCACGGAAAUUCUCCUAAUCCUUUUUUCCUUAUCUUAAAACAGGGGUUCUCAAACUGGGAGUCGAAACCCCUCAGGGGGUCACCAGGUUCUACAUGGUGGGUUGCAAGCUGUCAGCCUCCACCCCAAACCCCGCUUUGCCUCCAGCAUUUAUAAUGGUGUUAAAUAUAUUUAAAGUGUUUUUAAUUUAUAAGGGGGGGGGGGUCACACUCAGAGGCUUUCUGUGUGAAAGGGGUCACCAGUACAAAAGCUUGAGAACCACUGUCUUCAAGGGACCAGCCCUUAUAUAAGUAGUCAUUCCUCACACAAAUCGAGGUUACAGGACUGGGCUCGAAUUUUGAUUAUGACACACGUGCAUGUGUGUUGAGAGGUAGAAGAUUUAACAUUUCUAAGUUCACCAGGUUAGGGUCCCUGAGGGAUAUUUUGGUGGUGAGUUUGUAUAUUUCCACAUGCAUCACCAUUGCUGUCUAAAUGAUCAUUCCUUAGAAGUUACAUUCACCCCCCCAUGCAGAGGAGCCUACACAAGACCUAUGCCCCACUUAAACCCUCCCAAUAAGGCUUAAAUGGGACAAAAGUGGUACCUGUUCUAAGUAGAAAGAUCCUUGUCCUGGCUCUCUGCACAGGGGUGAAUUUCAUCCUCCUUGAUUCAGCCAGAAUUUGGUUAAAUCAAAACACGUUUUUGUGGAACAGGACUAUGUCUGCAGAGUUCCUCAACAGGGGCUAUUAGUGCUGAAAUGCACCUUUUCAUCACUUUGAUUGUGGGACUGCUCAAAGAAAGGGCACAAGAAUUCUCUCUUUUUUUUUUUUUUUUUUCCACUCAAACACAGCUGGAGAUUUGUUCAAACUAAAAAAUAAAUGGCUUCUGGACAGAGCCCAAGUUUUGAAAAUGUCCCACCAAAGUCUAAUAACUGGGAGCCUAGAAACUCCCCGUGCACUAAUCUUGGCUCAGCCACUGUUUUGCUGUGUGUCCUUGGGCAAGUCAGUCAGUCUCUCUGGGCCUGAUUCAUCACUGUGCUACUCCAGUUUUACAAACAGCGUCGCUGACCUAAAAUGGGAGGAGCGCCGUGUAGCAUCAGGCCUUGUGUGUUUGAGCAACCCUAGCUGUAAAACGGGGAUAGGAAUCCUUUCCUUCCUAUCAGGGCGGUGGAGAAGGUUGGUGUUUGUGCGGUGCUUCGAUGAUGCAAAGCGCCAUAUAAAUAAGUGCUUAGUGUUAUUAACCCCAAAAAAAUCUCCCUAGGAGAAACCAUGUGCCCCUCGUUCCCCCCCCCCCGCCCCCCGGCCUAAUCCUACAUUCCUUGUUCACCCCAGACUCCCUCAAGUUAAUGGAUUUGAGGCACUUCAGGAAUGCAGAACUUGGCUCCAAGAGUUUAACUGCAUCGUUGUUAAUGGUUUGGUUGUUUACUGCUGAGCUGCCAUCUCUCUUCUCCACUUGUUUUCUCCCAAGAUGAAACAUUCCUCAUUUUAAAAUGUACCUUUCAUUGGUGUAAGGUGUGGCAGUAAUUAAGGGGAUGCACCUCGGCAUGAAACCUAACACUCACACACAACUUUGCUUCUUUUAUUCCAAAUGCUGGUGGAUAGAUGUUGCUCCUCGCCUUUUUUUUUUAAAAAAAAUAAUCUUUCCAAAUCUUUGAAUUCUCUUUUCCUACUGAAGUUAGGAAUGAAUAUGGCCUUGAGAUGGGGGUGAGGGUGAUUUUGCAGUACUGGUGGUCAAAGAUUCAAAGUGUGCGCAGGCACCUCUUCCGCCUCGCAGGGCUCAGCACUUGCUCCUCUGCUGGUGGAGGCAGGGCUGGAGUAAAUCAGCCCCACUCCAGACAGUGUUUAUUUUCCCACUAGGGGGUUUACUUGUCAAUAUUUUCCAGCUAGGCUUCAGGGAAGGCCCAAGAAGUUCUCCGCCAACCCAAAGGAUACAAAUUCACAACACAGAAAAGGGGAAAUACCUUUUCCUACCCUCUUUCUGGGGUUGGGUGACCUUGGUGUUGGCCCUGGGAUGCCAGUUCAUCCCCUAAACAGGCACUCAGGUAGGUAGCUUCCCCUGUAGGGAAGCGAGCAGCCUUCCACCAUGGAGGAGUCCUUUCUCCCUGCUGCCACAAGCCCUGCAGCAGCUAGUCUCUCCCCCUCCUCUCUCACCAGCGGAGGGGUUUUUAAAGGUUUCAGGUGUCCCUAGUGGACCUGAGGUAACCCCUUUUCAGCGUAUAGGGAAAAGGGCCUUUAUCACUCGAGGGCUCACCUACCUGCCUUCCACCUCUCUCUUCCAGCUGUCCAGCCUGACUUUGUCACAAAAGUCACCUGUUUAGAUGCAUUCAUGUGUUCAGGGCUGGUCCAAGGUCAUGUGGGGAACCCUCUUGCAAACACUUACACUGAGCUCUUCCUACCAGCCACGAGACUGUGGAGACUGCAACCACUUUCAAGUCUGCUUCUGCUGAAAACAUGUUUCAGAGGGGUAGCCGUGUUAGUCUGUAUCAGCAAAAACAAUGAGGAGUCCUUGUGGCACUUUAGAGACUAACACAUUUAUUUAGGCAUAAGCUUUCAUGGGCUAAAAUCCACUUCAUGAGAUGCACAGAGUGGAACAUACAGUAAGGAGAUAUAAAUACACAGCAUAUGAAAAGAUGGGAGUUGCCUUACCAAGUGAAAACUUGUGCUCUGAAGGCGUGCAGGUGCCACAAGCCAGCCAUGUAUCUGAUACACAUGGAGUAGUGCAUAGCAAAGCGAUACUUUUUUUUAUACUAAACAAUGUUGUUACAUCUAUGCACUUAUAUUUCUCUACACAUAUAAAUAUUCAUAUGUCAGCAUCUCCCCCUCUCUAAUUUUUGCACUUGUUAAACCAAGAAAUAGGGUAUGUUUUUAAGUAUUAGCAGCUUUGCCUUGCAAAGCAAAUGCAUAAACCCUUUGGAAGAUGUUACACAGUUUAAUAUGCAUUGUAACAAUAAUUCUUUUUCCUCACUUUGUUAAUUUAAAUGUUUUAAGAGCAUAUGCAUUCAACGUAUGGCCUCUAUCUGUCCUCCAUACGGUCUUGAUCCUACAACCUCGAUUCACAUCAGUAGUCCUUGCUCAAGUAAGCAGAUGUGGCAAGAUUGCACCCUUAAUCAGGCAUGGAUCAGCAGAGAAAAGGGAGUAAAAAUAAAACUACUAGUGAUAAAUAUUUCACCAAAUGGACCUUGGACCUUUCCCAAGGAAUAAGGAUGCACAAAAGCUUUGUAGUCCUUUUGUUUGCUCAGUAUUUUAUUGCUAGCUAUACUAUUUCCUUUCAGGCAGAACUAUUGAAUAAAUGCUGUACAUAUAUACAACUAGUCAUCCAGAAAAGAUGGUGUUCUAUUAACGUGCAUGAUGGUAUUGUUUUCACACAAUUAUAUCUGCUAGCGGUAUAACCUUGCUUCUUUUGGUCACUUAGAAUACAGCUCUCCCUCUCUCUUUAUAUAUAUUUCCAGCAAUUCUUUAAGGAUCCAUCCCUCCAGUUUCAAUACCCAAAGGUGUGUUUACAAUUGAUGCUGCCCAGGAUUGUAGUCAUCUGCAGAAAACUAUUUAUUUAGAUAGCUUUUGAAAUAAACGUAGAGGGUAAUUCUUCCUGGGUUUGUUGAACUUGUGACAUUUUUCUUUUCAUGCAAAGGAAGGCAGUGGAUCUCUACCCAAAGUUAGAGCAUUAGUGGCAAUAUGUGUAAAGUACUACUGUUAGUAAAUCAGUUCACUUAGCCCCAGCAAACCAGUGUAACUGCAUUUCUACUGUUCUUCCCAACUGCUUGAUUUGUAUUGUGCUUUGUGGAAUUGUGCUGUAGCCAUUCCAGGUGAUGUUGGUAACUGAUUGUAAAAUAUUGUCAUUUUCUACUGUUGUUGGUUGUAUAGAAUGGUUGGUGUACAGUGUUGUACAGCUGGAGGGGUGUUUGUACAUAUAUGGGGAAAUGAAGAACAUUAUGUGUCACUCACAGCAAAUAUUGAUAUUGUUGGUCAGCCAAAGAUUUUCCUAUUUUUUGCUGCUUAAACUUGUGCCUUAAUAUUGUAUA